CAACUAAGAAAAGGUCAGCGCUAACUUUCUCUACGGUCAUGGUGUCCCUGACUUUCGAAAGCCUUCCGGUGGAGUUGGUCGAAGAAGUUGUUAGUUGGCUAGACCUCCACGAUCUCUGUGCACUGCGUCUGACUGGACGCACUGUCUCUUCAAAAUCAUCCAAUGCUACCUUUCGGAACUAUUUCCUUUCCAAGAAGUUGGAAAUCGCAGAAGCCCCGCUUGGAAACUUUGCUCUCGUUACCAAACCCGGACGUUUCGGCCUCUGGAUCCAGCAUCUCACUCUGUAUGCAAUCACUAAAGAUGAUGAUACCGGAGGAAUAUCCCUCGCCAGUCCUAGGGUCAUCGAGUUACUAGCGCAAGGCUUCCUGAACAUACGCGAUAAUUCCCCGCAUGGUGGACCCUUGUCUAUCACUCUCAAGAUAUUUGGGGACGGCUAUAUGAGGGAUUUUGCUGCUCCAGUGUUCAAUGUGACCCUGUCAGCCCUGAGGGGUACUGGACUGCCCAUUAGAUCAUUGGAUGCGUUUGCGGAAGGUUAUUCCCACAACUACGGGGGUUUCUGUAGUAUCCCUUUCAGCGAGAUCACAGGGGCAUUUUCCGGCGCCGGCGCGGCAGACCUACACGGCCUUGCGAAGACCUUCCAGCCGUGCACGAAAUUAUGCCUAAGCUUGGCGCACCAUAUACAUACAAACGACUCCAAUAGUAUCCGAGAGCUACAUAACGACAAUGAAGACGAAGAUCUGGAAUUGCCACCGAGUUACGAGGAAGCCAGAGUAAAUACCCAGAAACUUUGUGACCUUGUGGGCCUAUGCCCCACUCUCGAAGAGCUGUAUUUGGUGUGGGAGUAUGAUGACUUCGAAGAGACAGCCGGGGUCAGGGAAGAAUUGUACUUCUUCUCUCGGUUAGCAGUAUCAUGCCAAUUCCCGAGCUUGAGGCAGUGUACAUUGCACAAUAUCCGAAUGUCCGAGGAAGCGCUCCUAACCUUCUUUCGCCAACUUACUCGGCUGGUGUAUUUGAGGUUGGAAUAUGUAACCGUUGAAGGUGGAUUCGACGACCUAUUCAGACUUUUGUCUACUUCAAUGCCCGAAUUGAAUUACUUGCAUCUCCGAGGCCUUUAUUCUUCGUCUGGGACCCUUCGCUUCUUGAACGAACACCCCGAGAAUAGACUGAGGCAUCCAACCGGUCGUGCACCACCUGUCGAUGAUAUCCGGGCUGUGCCAUUUGGACUGGAGAACAACAAGAGCCGUGCUUGGUACCCUAGAGCUGCGAUGUCAACUAGGAUGACGACCCUGAUGUCCCCAAAUGCCGGAUCUUAUGCGCCCCUACACAGAGUGAUUGCUCAAAUAGCCUUACCACACGCAAUUAUAGGAUUCGUCUCAACCACACAGCAAGUGAUGGUAUCAAUGAUGACCGUGAUCACAUUGACACAGGACUCUAUGAUACCGAAAAGACGAGUCACACGGACGAAUAUUUUUGGCGAGUUACUUGGGCUCGUGGAAUUCGAUGAUGAUAACCUUUCAGUGGAUUCCUCUGUCGCCGAGCAAAUAACAUUUAGAAAUGCCCCUUUCCAAGUUGGCACGACUGGGCUCGAAGGGUGUACUGUGGUGACUGUUGUAUCAAAGCGAGCCGUCUACAUGGCGCACUACUGGGAACGCGAAAGUUGGUCUAGCUCGUACUGGUUCCCAAGACGCAUCAUCAACUUUAUCGCUGGCCGGAAUCCAAAUCAGGGAGUUGGUCCUGCCCUCAACCCGGCACUAUUCAACCGCCCUACCGACGACACGCGGAUCUAUAUCAUGCACCCCCGCAAGGGUGGCGCAAAGACGACGUACACUUCGCCAAAUUACCCAAAGAAGUUUAAACGAUUGAGAAGCUUGCUCAACGAAGAGCUUCUUCCCGGCGUACCCACAGCGACUUGGUUCUAUAUCCCUGUCGCCAACCCGGGAAACGUGCCCGAUCCCAUUGCUGAUCAGCCAUGGAGACGACACGCCGUCUUCCAAUAUGACCCGCGAGCGCAUGGUACAAGAAGCAAAGGAUGGAGGCUCUUCUACGAGGAUCAUUAUUUCGAUGAUACAAAUCCCCCUCCUGGUACUGACUCUGCCAAUGGAAUUCCGGAUAUCCCAUGA